AUGUCGGGUCGAUUUAAGUGGAUAAAACUCAAAAAGCUUCAAUAUUAAAAAAUCUGCUCCUAUUUAUUUAUGAAAUUUGUACCACCCCGUUUGGGCCGCCAUCUGUAAACUUCGGGGGAGCCUACAUGGUCCCGUUGUGGCACCGGGCCUCUCCAUGUAGAAUCUAGCAAAAAUAUUUCGAUUUGUACAGAUCUAAUUUUCGGUCAAUGCAAUUAUUAUGAGUGUCAGUUAGUUGCAGAUUUUCCCUUGCCAGACGGUCCCUCGGCCUCAUCAACAGCAGGGCUCGACUCUCAUGGAUGCUCACAAUCGUUGCGGAGUUGGUGAUUAAUGGAUGACGUAUGUCGCCUCUCCAACUGAAUUCUCGUUGCAGCGUCUUGCUGGACUUUUGCAUUGGAAGCUUCGCGAAAUGAGUUGAAACGGGAAAGCCAAAAGAUUUCCCGUUUCAUAAUGGAGCUCCUGAUUGGGACGCUAACGACCCGUGACGUGAGGACAUCGGCGGGGUUGGUACCUCAGCAGCACCGUUUCGCGCUCCAACGCCGACUGGCCGACGGCGCUGAAGUGGCUCCGCCUCCAGAGGUGCGGCGUCUUGCCUGCAUGACAUCACUGCGGCGAGCCCGUCACCUCAUCAAACCUGAAGGUGGUCUGUUGUUUGGCGCCGCCAACGCGCUCGGGCAGUUUUUGGUGACUACCGGGGCGCAGCGCCUUAUUUUGGUGAUAAGGGCGUAAUAAGACAUAAUAACGGGCUGGGGGCGGGGAACAGUUGGCUACCGCGGUGUCCCGUCACUGGCGAUCGGGGGGGUGACUGGGAUCUUAUCAGCGUUUUGCAGAGGGUUACGUGACUGCCUGACUUUGAUUGCAAAAAGACGACGCUUUUAUCAGCGAAACCCACGCGCCACUUUUCUUCACCGGACCGGAGCAUCCCUGCCACCAAUGUCCCUUUCAAUGGUCCUCUGCACAGUGCCAAAACCAGGACAGGGACCGGAGUGGGAAAUAGACAGCCUACGUCCCGUCACGAGGAGCCAGCAGAUCGGAAACCGUUCGGCCGGCAGUGACCUUCAGGAAUCGUCCGUCGCGGGGCCAGGGAGGUCGGAGCGAUGCUGUCGGCCGCCGCGCAGAUCCUAGCGUUCGUCCUGGCGCUGCUGGGCACGGUCGGCGCCACGGUGGCCACGCUGCUGCCCAACUGGCAGGUGAGCAUCAGGGUGUGGUCCAGCAUGGUGGCCCCCAUGUGGCAAACGCGGGGCCUGUGGAUGGACUGCGUGUGGUACGGGACCGGCGUCUUCAGCUGCACCACCACCAACUCCUCGCUGGUGCCGCCCCCCUACAUGCAGACCACCCGGGCCGCUAUGGUCCUGUCGUGCGCGCUGGCUGUCUUCGGUUUGGGCCUGGCCUCUGUCGGGCUGCGGUGCACCCGGUGGGGGGGCGGCCACCGAGCCAAGGGUCGCACGUCUGUCGCGGCGGGGGGCUGCUUUGUCCUGGCCAGCGCCCUGUGCCUGGGUCCCGCUUCCUGGUUCACCUCAGAGGUGCUGGCCACCUUCAUGAGCGCCCAACAACCCGACGGUAGCAAAUACCAGCCCGGGGGGGCACUCUGCGUCACCUUCAUCUCUGCCGGCUUCCUCUUGGUAGGAGGCGUCAUCUUUUGUCUGUCCUGUCCGGGUUCGGCUUUGCCGGACUACCCGACGCCCACGGAGCUUGAUGGGCUCGCCCUGGCCCGGCUGCAGCGGUGCCUCCCGCAGGCGCAACGCGAUAGCCGGGAAAAAACUUUGGUUGGCGUUGAUACCCCCGAGGUGGGGAAGACAUAUGCGUCGCCCUCGAGGUGGUCCCCCAAGGAGGUGAAGGAUAAUUACAGCCGGCAGGAAUACGUCUGAGCCCACCGGCUUGAUGUGAAUGAGAAGGUGGCCUUUUAAGUCCAAAGUGGUCCUGAUCCGGAGAGCAUGCAUGCCACCUCCGCUCCAUCUUUUCCUGCCGACACAGAAGGACACAGGCGAGGCAGCGCAGCGUGGAGGACAAUAAUCAUGCUCUUUGCUUUCCAUUAUCUUCACAACACGCCUCGGUGCACGCACGUGUGUGCACGCACAGCUGUAUGAGGUCAUCGAAUGUAAUCAAGGAUGUCUUUUGACCUUCAGUCAGCCUCAAUCAAAUUGUCUCUAGACCAGCAAAAGCAUCUCUUGACAUUUAUAUUUGAAAAGCUCAACAGCAUAACUCGGCCUGUCACUUUCCUUCCUCGUUGAAUGAAAUAAAUUCCUAGCUUGCCGUCAUCUGUGUUUCUUAUUUUCGAUGGAUCGUAUGCUGGCCACACAAGACAACUGCAUCACACAAGUCCAUGAUAUUCAAUACGAGGUACAUAUGAGCAACAAAGACAUUGACGGCAAGCCGUCUCCAUGUUUCAACGAUAAGUUUGACUAUCUGGAACAAUCCCUGUCAAUAACACCAACAUCUUUCCAACGAGUCGUGUUUCGACAAGGACAAAUUAUGUCACUUGUGCCAAUCAUGUGUAUGAGCUUCGUUUUUACCUCGAGUACUAUACAAAUGCCAAUAACAGCGAGUGGAGGGCGGGCAUCUGCAAGGAAAAUGUCGAUAUCUAAAAUUCCUGUUUGGGAUAGCGACAAUUUAAUUCUGACGAGGAAUCGCAGUUAAAAAUAUCGACAACUUUGUUUCCUUGGAAGGUUCAAAUGAGUCUUUUAGGCUUAAAAUCGCAGUUGAGUGUUUUGUAACAAGAUGUUGGCGCACUUUUGUAAGACUAACUUCAAUUUUGCCGCUGAAUGGGGGGG